AUGUCCGACAACUUCCAGGAGCUCGCCGAUAUCCCCAAGGACUUUGUCCGCGACGGUUCGCUGUUUAUCAAGAGAUGCACCAAGCCCGACCAGCGUGAAUUCAUCAAGAUCAGCCAGGCUGUCGGAAUGGGUUUCCUUAUCAUGGUAUGGAAAAUUGCCCCUAGUGCUUUGCGCCUUGACCAGAAGGCAUGCUAA